AUGCCCCGCCUGGCCAGGGGCCGGGUGAGCGCCUUGGCCGUGGUCCCGGAAGGCGGGAAGCAGCCGACCGGAGCUGAGGCUGGGCCACCUCGGGUGCUGCUUCCAUCGGCGUGGCCCGCGCCCGCGGCCGAGCGCAUCCUCCAGCGGGGGAUCUUUGAGAUCGACGGGAGGAGCUGCGAUGUGGUGCUGAGCGACAGCGCCCUGCGGUGGAGGCCCAUCCAGCCCGAGCGCCCCGCUGCCCCCGCGGCCGGUAAUUCCAAAUGUGGCUUCUUGAGUAAAGAGGAAUUUAUUGAGCUGAAAGACUUAUUCUCUGUGAAAUUGAAAUGGCGUCGAUCUGCUAAACAGCAGAAAGGUGGUACUUUGUUAGGUAUCGCACUUUUUGUAUGUAUGAAAAAAGAACAAAAUAAAAUAAAGGAUCAUACUCUCACUCUUAAUAACUCAAGUGAAGACCACUGUUCCUCAUGGGUUAGAGAUUUGAAGAAAAUUUUAACUGAAUUUUCAAACAGGCCCAAAUCCUUAAAAGUACUUAUUAACCCACAAAGUCACAAAAAAGAAGCUACUCACAUCUAUUACGAACAUGUUGAACCUCUUUUGAAACUUGCUGAAAUAAAGACAGAUGUAACAAUAACAGAAUAUGAAGGACAUGCUCUGUCACUGCUAAAGGAAUGUGAACUUCAAGAAUUUGAUGGGGUUAUCUGUGUCGGUGGUGAUGGAUCUGCCAGUGAAGUUGCUCAUGGUUUACUUCUUAGAGCCCAGAUGGAUGCUGGGAUAGACACAAAUUACAUCCUGACACCUGUCAGAACACCACUUCCUCUUGGGAUAAUACCAGCAGGUUCUACUAAUGUAUUGGCACAUGCACUUUAUGGAAUCACUCACGUAGUGACUGCAACAUUACAUAUCAUAAUGGGGCAUAUGCAGCCAGUAGAUGUCUGCACAUUCAGUAGUACUGGCAAGUUUCUUCGCUUUGGAUUCUCAGCUGUGUUUGGCUUUGGUGGAAGGACGUUGGCUUUGGCAGAAAAACAUCGUUGGAUGCCCCCUAAUCAAAGGAAAGAUUUUGCUGUGAUUAAGACACUGGCAAGCCUCAAACCUGAGGACUGUGAAAUAUCAUUUUUACCUGUAAAAGCCUUUCAGGACUUCCAGGAAGCCAGUAGAAAUGAACAUAGAACAACAGAAUCUGACUAUAACGACCAGUGGCAGAAGAUUCAGGGUCAUUUCCUAAACAUCAGCAUCAUGGCAAUCCCUUGCUGUUCUUCAGUGGCACCAGGAGGUUUGGCUCCUAAUACCAGAUUAAAUAAUGGAAGUAUGGCUCUUGCUAUUGCACGAAACACUUCUCGACCAGAGUUUGUAAAACAACUGAAAAGAUAUGCCAGUUUAAAAAACCAGUUUAAUUUUCCAUGUGUUGAGACCUACACUGUUACAGAAGUAAAACUCCAGCCAAGAAAUAACUGUGGGUACGACACAGGAGAUGUUGAGUUUUGUGGAACAUCUCGUGAAAAUCAUUACCCUUGGAAUAUUGAUGGAGAUUUAACGGAAGUGGCAUCAGAGGUUCAUAUUAAGGUACAUCCACAACUUAUCAAGCUUUAUGGAGGAUGCCUAGAAGGAAUGAAUGACUACAAGUAAUGUUAUAUUGUUUAUAGAAAAAAUGUAUUUAAAUUGGGAUAUUUAUAGCCCAAAUAAUUUUAAAACCAAAAUGGAUAUUUUUAUGUUAUAGAAAAAUAUAAUUUUUAGCUUUUAAAAAUUUAGAAAAAGUUAACAUGAGAUGUUAAACUAUUUUAGUAAAAAAUAUAUUUAUUGAAACUGCAGAUCAAGAUUUCAAGUUUUUUUUUAAUCUAACGAUUCAUAGAGUAUACCACCCAAAUUACUACAGUUGUUUUAACCUAGAUUAUUAAAAAUAAAACUUAAGAUUUUACAUUUUUAGAAAUGAAUAAACUGAUUCUGACAUUUUUCUAA